CUGAUUUGGGUGUGAUUUGAUAAUUUUCGCAGGUUUGGGGGCUAUUCUGAAAAAGAUGUGAAGCUGGGGGCCGCAUGGAAGUUACUUAAGAAUUGGGGGAGCAAUGUGCAAAAUUCAAUACUAGGGUUUUAUUUUGACUAGUCAAAAUUCCUCCCCAAUUUCCCCCCCCAAUUCCCGCCGCUGCGCCCCUCUCCCCACCGGGCGACCACCUCCCUCUUCCGGCCAAGCAGCACCGCCUUGACCACAGCCGCCAUCACUCCAGUCUGCCGCCGUCCGUCCACCCCUGCCCCGACUACCAGCGACCGCACAACCACCAUUCCCGUCGCCCAGCCACCUUCGCCCAUUCCCCCCAUCAUUCAGCCACCCCACUACAGCAGCGCCGAUCACCACUACCGCGCCGUUCCAGUCCGCUGUUCAACCUCUGCCGCCCACCGCUGUAGAUUCAGCUCACCAUGGCUCCCACGAGGAAGAAGCGACUGCCAGCCCGCAAGCCCAAGCUGCCAUCUCCAUGCCCAAUCCAACCCACCGAGGAAGCACCAUCUGCCGGCGCGAGUCCGGCCCUUCCAGCCACCGGAACACUCCCCGCCACCACUGAGAUGUCUUCGGCCGAUGCUUUAGCCAUCGUUGUGUUCUCACCGCCACCGACGUGUGAGAACGUACCAUCCGCCGAGCCCUCAGCCUCAGCCACCAUCUCCGACGUUCCGGUUUCUCCAUCACCGUCUACCUCAAGGAAGAGACGUCGGAAGGUGGCCAUUCCUACGCCAAAGAAGCUACGCAAAUCCACCAGCGGGAAAGCCAAGCUCCCCACAUGUAGUAAGGCGAAGGCACAAACUACGACCUCCACCCCUUUGAGGCGGAGCAGCCGCCAGCAUGCUCGACCUAUCACGAUCGACACCCGCGUGCAUGAGAUUGCAUCUACAUCAGAUUCUGAAGACGAAGCAUACGAGCAGGGAGAAGAGGAGCAAGCUGAGGAUGAACAGGUGGAACAAGACGGAGAGUACGAGCAGGAAAAGGAGGAGCAAGCUGAGACGAGGCCGCGCCAGAAGCCCAAGCGCCGGAAACCCGCUGUCCCUCACAGCCGGUUCACCGUUACCAAAGUCGGUGCGAGGUCCUUCCAGCCACACUACCAACUCCACUACUCCCCCACCCUGGUUCCUGCCGCAGCUUCACACCUUGCGCACGGAGUUGUGCACCCACUUUGACACUCAUCCACCGCCAUGGGCGGUGGACUUGAGCACACGAUUGGCAGCGGUGGAGCACGCUCUCGGACUACGCCCUCCUCCACCUUCUUGAUUACCGUUCAGGGAAGUGUUUCUUUUUUUUUUGCUUUUAGUUUUUGAAGCUUCUGUCCUUUAGUUGUCUGUUGGUUUCUGUUUUGGUCUGUCAUACUCUCACACAAUGAGGACAUUGUGUUGUCCAAGUGUGGGGGGGUGUCUUUAUUUUGUGUGUUUUUGCUCUGUUGAUCUGUUGAUUUGGUUUUCGAGUCAGUUUCGAGACCUUUGGCAAUAUUAUGAUGGAUGAUGUGAAGAGUUGAGAUUAGGAUAUUGGAUUUGGUAUGAUAGGCUGUUGCUCUUGUGAUGGAAUUAUGCAUAUGUUCGUAGGUAUUCUUGUAUGAGAAAAACGUGCAAAAUUUGAUCAAAAUACUUGAAGCCUACUAAAUUGUGAGGAUUGAGCCCUAAUGAGCACACAUGACUAGCUCUAAUUGUUUCUUUGAUGAGUGAUUGAUUCGAACUUCAAUGCCGAAUUUCUGGUUUGCCUUGUUGCCAUAGUCAAGACUGAGUUUGAGAAUUUAAUGCAUGAAAAUGAUUAAGGCAUUUAGGAAUAACCAUUGUUUGGCCUGAACAUAUUAUCCGAAACUUCACUAUUCCCUUAGUGAGCCCGUUUGUGCCUAAUUUGCUCCUUUUUGUUUGAUGAAAACUCACAUAUAUUGAGCCUUAGCCUGUUUUAGCCUGCUUUUGUCCCUUGAAAACAUGUGAAUGCACUAGAUUAUGACGAGAUGAGAAGAUGAGUACUCCUAUAAUUUUAGUGUGUUGAGAGAUAGUUCAUUGAUUCUAUGGGAUAUAUAUGCUGUUAAAAAAAAAAAAAAAAAAAAAAAAAAAAAAAUUGAAAACAAAAAAAAAUAAAAAAUAAAAAGAAAAAAAAAAGAAAAGAAAAAUAGAGUUCUAUAAUAAAAUGCAUACGUUUAGAGGAUUGUGGAUAUGUUGAGGAGUUACUCUAGAGUUUUAUUGAUGGAAGGUCUGGUGUGUUGCAUGUUUUCAAUCAUAUAUUGAGCCUCUUUGAUCCCCUUUUUCUUGUUUUAUCCCACCUGUACGUACCAUAGCCCCAUUACAACCAAAGUGCAAGACCUUUUGAUUUGUGCAUUGGUUCCAUAUUUUGGUGGAGAUAGUGACAUAACGGCAAGCUAUGUUUGAAGGCAUAAAGUUGUGAAUUGUGUGAAUCUAUUCUGUCCAUAUUUGUCUUUUGAGAGAAAUUGAGUGAACUUGGUGAGACAUGAUUGAAUUUGCACAAUUUUGACUUGAAUGAAGAUCAUGUCAUAAUUUUCUGAGCAAGAGCAUGAUUAGUGGUUUGUGGAUGAUUGUAUCUUGAUCAAGACUUUGAGUAUUAUCUAUCAUAUUGUUGCCAAAGCUUUGUUUUUGCUGUUUUGAGUCUUCUUUUGUUCCUUCCCUGUCGUUUUGUUCUUUUUGGUGCUCGAGGGCGAGCUUUGUUUAAGUGUUGGGGGAUUUGAUUGGGCGUAUUUAUACGCAUUUAUUUGGGGGAUUUUGGUGUGGUUUCUAUGUUUAAUUCGUGUUAAAUAUCGUCUUUGGAUAUGAAUUAUGGUCUUAUAUAAAUGUUUAUGGUAUUUGAUAGGUUUUGGAGAAAAGUAUUGAUUUAGAGAAGAGUUUUGAAGUCGUGAAGCUGUGUGAAGAGGAAGUUGUGCACGUCUGCCGUGCAGUGUGCCCAUUCUGCCUGGGCGUGAAUUGAUUGCAUGGAUUGAAGGCUAAAGUGCCGAAAAGAAAGACAUGCUGAGCCACCAUGUUUGAUUUGGACUGAUUUUAAGUUAGUUAAUUAGCUAGUAGUCCACUAGUUUGUUUUUGUGGACUUUAUAUUUUUUUUUUUAGUUGCCUAUUUAGACUAGGUUAGUAGGUUUUGAUUUUUCCUUAGUUAUAUAUAUAUUAGCUAGAGAUCAAAUUGAAGGGAGACUUUGUUUUUGGAGAUAUCAUACAUAUUCCAGACGGCAACUUUGAAGCAAAUUUGUGGAUGCAAAUUUGGAGUUCUAAAUUCAAGUUUUAUUCCUUCAUCUUUCCUUUGCAAUUAAUUAUUUAUUUUGUUUGAUUUAUUUUUAUUAUGAGUUCUAGCUAAAUUUCUAUAUUCCGGCAUUGAUUAGGGAAGCACUAGCGAAAUUAUUCUGUGAGAUCUAAUUGUUCUUAUACUUUAUUUUUAUGCUUGCAUCUGCGAUUCUUCAUGUUUAAUGAUAUUAAUUGUUUUAAUCCAUUAGAUAGUUGCAAAUAUUUAUUGGGUUAGAAUUAAUUAUAUAGCCAAUUGAACCGGCCAUCCGUAAUUGUGGUUUAGGUUUGAUUAGUGGUAAAUUGACACAUCAGGGUCAAGGGAAAAGCAGUCUUAAUUCAAUAAUCCUGCGUCAGAGUUUAUUGGUUUUGAAUCGGGUUUCUCUAGAUAUUAAUGCUAUCGGCUCAUUAAAUCUAUAGAGCGUCUCUUACGGUUGUCAGUCGAUUAGGGUAGUAAUUAGUGAAGCGUCUUCCUGGUUACCGAAUAAUUAAGGAGAAAUAAGAUCACGUCAGAAGCGUCUUCGGUGAUUAUAACUGGUUUGUUUGCAUGAUUUAAAGUUAUUUUUGCAUCGAUGAUCGGAAUAAUUGAGCUAGGGUGGACUUAAUUGAUUGCUGGAAUUCUUUUAUUAAUUGUUGGAAUUUUUAUUCAUCUUUUGGUUAAUUGGAAAAAUUGGUUUAUUCGGAUUUUAUUUAUUUAAUUUUAAGUUUAGUAAUUUCCAUAUUUUCUUCUCAAAAUUUCGUGGUUACUUUGCAGACUUUAAUUGGAGAAAUUCUCGCCAGUCCCUUGGGAGACGAUUUUGCUUACUGCUGUCUGCGCAGUGUGGGCAUACCGGCUGACUGCCGGAUAUUUUUGGUGUAAAACGACGCACCAAUGUCUU